AUGGCCAUGGACGACUCUGAAAGUGAAGUGAAAUGGUGGGCCUUUGUGUCCACUAAAGACCUGUUGCUGAGUCCACGCCAUGAACAGGCCAAGCGGAUCCAGGAAAGAGCUCGCAUGAAGGCCCGCUCUUACCCACUCAAGGCCGACCACACCAUCCUACCCGUCCAGAGGGACAACUCGGAGCCUUUUUCUAGGCCCGGUGUACCUCUGCACUGGCCGUAUCUGGCGGGGAAAGACGGAGCGUCCGAUUGUAUCAGUACGUCCUUGUCGGGGAACCACGGCGAUUCCUCUGGAACGGACUCCGUUUGCGCCCCCAGGCGAUGGCCUGGUCAAUCUCCGACGCGGGUGCGUUUUGAAGACGAAAGUGAAACCGAAGCAGAGAUCCGCUACCUGGAGAGACUGAGGCAGAGACAGAGAGCGGUAGAGAGGGCUCCGGCGCUGCUCAUGUCGAAGCCCCAUGUUUCCUCUUUCGUCAACAAGAAGAAUGAGCCCACAGGAGCCGCAAAUGGAAUAUCAACCGACAGAGGAUGUUGCCCUGACGGUGGUGCUGUAUGGCCUAGGAAGCCCUAUGGUGCUCAGGGGAUCUUAAUGAGUGGUACGUCGAGCCAUUACGCAACUCUAAAGCCACAAGAUGUGUUCGGGAGACAGUGCAAAUCAUGUGGGACCCUUCUAACAGCAGAGGUCCCCAACCACAACCUCAAGCCGAACCCUUCCCCCCAGAACUCGUACCUCCAUCGCAAUCCUCCUGACCCCCCAGUUGGGCUUGCGAAGGGUGUGACUGACGGGGUGCCGUGCUGGGUGCACUCCGAACGCAUAAAGGAGACGUAUAUCGGCACAGUGGUUCCGGCCACUAAGGGGGAUAGUGACAGCGUGCGUAGAGGUUCAGGGGAUGACACGACAGAGAGUGGAGGCAAAGCUCGUGGUUUCCAUAUCUCUAAGACGCGGGUGAAGAGGUGCAGCCAAAAUGGAGAGCGAGCGGGCACCCACAGACCUACAGUGCCUGUGGCGCCCGAUGACGACCGCGUGUCGCCGCCUGCCUUGACCAAUGGCACAGUGGCGCUACCACCCAACCCAUAUGCCAUGGAGCAGGCUGUGGUAGUGCCUGUUCUAACCCCACGCCUGGUGUCCUCGGUCAAAGAAGCCAGAACCUUGGGAACACCCAAGAGCGACCCCUCUUCCCCACUCCGUAUCAAAUCUGCGUUAAAUCCGGGUCUCAGGAGCCAGUGUAAUGGCCAGCAAGCGGCGAAGAAGGCCCUGGAGGUCCAGGAGAGAGGUGCCAUAGCCCGUGGUCAGGAGGGACUCUGUGUUGAGGGAGGUCACGGAGAUGUCACGGAGGUUUGUGUCUCUUCUGUGCCCCCUUCUUGCGGAGUAGCGAUGGCCUCUUGCAUCGACCCCACUGUCCCAAAACACUCUUCAUCUCCCGCCCGAACCACAGGAGAGCACAGUCACACCGCUCCACUCGCAUCAGCCGAGAAUUUAGGUAUGGAAGAGUACUGUCUAAAAGGAGUGAACAACAUACCAUCAAAGGACCACUGUGCGGGUGACGGAAGUGACAGAGGGCAGAUGGGAGCAGAGAUCCAGAGGGAGGACGGCCGCAGUCCUGUUGAGUCAGGAAAAGAUGCAGAUCUGAAACUGGGACAUUCCAAACUGUCACUGAAGCGCUUUUUCUCCGCCAUUGGCCUCAACGGUGUGGGGACUCUGAGUAAAGGGCGCUCCAGGAGUUUGGAGCAGUUGAGCUUCCAGCCCAGUAACAACCCGGCCUCCCCCAGCCCCUCCCCCAGCCCCUGCCCCAGCCACUGCCCCAGCCCCUGCCCCAGCCCCUGCCCCAAACCCAGCCCCAAAACACGUCCUCCGGACACCAGACAGCUGAGGAAAUCCCCCUCACUCCAGUCCCUUCGCUUGGGGUCACCAUUUCUCCAGAUGAGGAAAUCGUCAUCUAUCCAGAAUUUACAGAUGCCGAAAAAGAACAGAGAUCGCUCCAGUGCAUACAUUCCUGGAGAUCUGUCUGGCAGCCCUAUUCUCAGCAGGAGCCUCCAUAGGCCUCUCAGCGUUGAGGACGUCGGCUGCCCCAGUGAAGUGCGCUCCGUGGGGAGGGUGGCCCAGGCCUUCCCUGAUGGGACCCUACUGCUGGAGCUCAACAGACCGUCCGACGGACCCUUUGGUUUCCUUAUUUCCCGGGGAAAAGGACGGCCAGACUCAGGUGUGUACGUGGAAGAAAUGGUCGACAGCAACACUGAGAAGCUGUACACGGGGCUCCUAGGCAUUGGAGAUGAGAUCCUGGAGGUGAACCAAGAGAAGGUGGCCGGUCUGAGUCUGGACCUGGUGACACAGCUCAUGACCAAAGACAACAUAGCAUCCGUCCGUGUGCUACGUCACCGGAAAGCCCCUCCCCACUAGCCCACAAUGAUGAUAAUGAUAAUAAUAAGAAGAAGAAUGUGUUUAUUGAGCAGACACUUUUAUCCAAAGUGACUUGCAGGGGUUGAUUGAAUCCGUGAGCUCUUGAUCUACAGUCAAAUGUUCUACCACUGAGUUGUACCCAAGAAGAAUGUCCGCGCAAGGCAACUUUGAGCAUAAAACUUUUUUUAUUUUAUGUUUUACUUUCUUUUAACACACCAUUGGCUCGAAAUGACAACUGGGUGGUAUAUCUCGAGUUUAGGUGCUCAUCAAGAGAACAACUUUCACCAAGCAAUAACAAUAUCUACCUUUUUUUAUGUUUUUUCCCUCCACUGUCAUAAGGACGAUUGUGGUACGGAAGGGCAUGUUUUUUGGAUAAACUGUAUGCAAUCUAAUAGUCUUCCCAUUGUGUGAACUGCUUUAGUCAAAGAGCAGAUAUAGAUCAUGCAUGAGCGUUGAUUCAACAACAUUGUAAAGAGAUUAUAAACCAAUAACUCGCGCACUCCUAUGUUAGAAAUAUAUACUUGUCUUUAAUAGGUGCCCUUUCAGGGAAUUUCAAUAUCUUUAUUGAGAUAUCUUGGUCAGGUAAAUGUUCAAGACAAAUCUGUGGCCCACAGCAUUGAGGUACUGCUGUGGGUUAUUUGUAUGAGCCAAACAAUUCACUGAAAUUCAAUGCAAAAGGCAGGUAACAAGGCCAUUAAAGAUCAAAUCAACUCCAACGGAUGAGGGAAAAUUGCUUUGUCACAAUCAGAUCUAUCAUGUAAGUCUUUUGGAGCAUCCUAACAUCACAGACAAUCAUCAAAAAAUGUAUGUACCAAUGUAGGCCUACUAAUACAAGAGAAGUGUUAGGAAAGAUUUGAAACGUUUAUUACACCUUUUCCCAUCAUAGACUUUACAUUGAGUAUGGUAUAGCAGUGUAUCCUAUUGACUUAAUAAGGGAUCAUCCACUUUCUGUUCUGCUUGGUAAAUAAAAUCUAUAUUUAUUUUAUUGUACAUUGUGUUUCACUCUUGUUCCCUGUAUUGCUAACAAAAUUGAGUGCUGUUGAGAGAUUGCCACUCAUUAUUUUUGUAUUUUACAUGUAUAUUUGUAAUGCUGCCAAUGUGAGUAAAAUAACAUGUUAUCUAUUCUAAUGCUGCUUUUUAUGCUAUUUCCGAAUGCAUUGUAAAACAACAAAAAACAAAGCCAAAUGUUAUGAACACUUGAACCCCAAAUGGUUCAUAUAGACCUUUUUUGGAACGUAAUCUGUCAAAUAGAAUUUGAAAAAAAGGGAAACUGUAUAUAUUGACACAGUUCCAUUUCAAAAGACUUCCUUAUGUAGCUUGUUCCUCCACGAGCUGUAAUUCAAAAGUAAGAAUGUGUAUGAGGUCACUGUUUACCUAAGAGUCGUGCUCUGAAAGUACAGUGUCUACCCUUAAGGCUGU